AUGAUCAGUGACAACAACCAACAACUUCAACAAGUAGUAUACUUUACAAGACAUGGCAACAGAGCUGAUUGGAACAAUCCUGAUUGGGCAAAGAUUGCUGAACGUGUGUGUGACCCUCCAUUGUCAGAUAUUGGUCUGAAUGCUGCUUCAGAGUUGGGCGUAGAGUGUGCUCGCAACUCAUCAAUCUCACCAAGCCACUCGAUCAAACACAUCAUCGUAUCACCAAUGAUAAGAUGUAUUCAAACUGCAAGAGCUAUCGCCAAACAACUUGGCAAUGGAAUAACACUCAAGGUCGAACCAGGUCUAAUCGAUUGGCACCCAGACUAUGAGAUAGAGUACCUCACAACACCCGAGUUGUCUGCACUCUAUCCCGAGUUGAUCGACAUCAACUACAUACCGAUAGUGCCAUUGGUCAAGGACAAAGCAGAGACUGUUUACGACUUGUUCAAGAGAUCCCAUGACUCUAUCGAUGGACUGUUACAGAGAUACAGUAGCCUGAAUGAGGCCAUCAUCGUGGUCACUCACGCUUGCAACUGCGUAUCGAUGACUCGUCACCUGCUCAAGAAUGAGGAGCAUCAAGUUGGCUCAGGCGUGUGUCAUCUCACCAAGUUAGUGCGCAAUGCCAACGGAGGAGAGUGGACCGUUGAGUUGAACGGAUCGACCAGCCAUCUGACCCAAGGCGAGCAACACACCUGGACUGGCAUCUUCCCAAAGGACCCAUAA